CCUACUGAAAGUCGUUUAUCGUCCAGACAACGUCUGCCUCUCACUCUAAAAAAAGAAGCAGAAAUUCAUUUUUUAAUUAAUUCCAUAUCUGCCCAAACCCCAACAUCUUCAGUAGAGUUGCAGCUUCUUCGAAAAAUAGAAAAAAAAAAACAGAAACCAAAACGAUUCCAUUUCAAGAAAAAUCCGACUACACUCGUCUGAGAUUCUCUCAGAAUUCGAUCUCCGAUGGCGAGUUCCGGUACGAAUCGGAGCCUCGACACGUGCUUCGGUACGGGCUUCCGGUCCACCCUCGACGACCCGCCGAGAAUCCACCCCAAGGAAGCUGCGCCAUCGGUCGCCGGACGUUCGCCGAACGCCGCUGCUGACGUCGACGAUGAUAGCUGGAUUGCUGUGGUGUUGUCUUGUGUGAGGAUCGUGAUCUGUUUCACGGCGAUGAUGGUCACGACGUUCGUGUGGACGGUGAUUAUGAUGGUCCUGGUGCCGUGGCCCACUGCCAGGAUCAAGCAAGGGAAUGUGUACGGACACGUGACGGGGCGGAUGCUGAUGUGGAUUUUAGGGAAUCCAAUAACGAUAGAAGGCGCCGAGUUCUCUAACACAAGGGCUAUUUACAUCUGUAACCAUGCAUCUCCCAUCGACAUUUUCCUCAUCAUGUGGCUGACUCCAACGGGUUCUGUUGGAAUUGCCAAGAAGGAGAUCAUUUUCUAUCCACUGUUCGGACAGCUUUAUGUGUUGGCAAACCAUCUCCGGAUAGACCGCUCCAAUCCAACCUCAGCAAUUGAGUCGAUGAAAGAGGCGGCUCGUGCGAUCGUCAAGAAGAACUUAUCUUUGGUUAUUUUUCCCGAGGGUACCCGAUCCCAAACAGGACGAUUACUCCCCUUCAAGAAGGGCUUUGUUCACAUAGCACUGCAAUCACGGCUGCCGAUCGUCCCGAUCGUGCUGACCGGGACGCACCGAGCAUGGAGGAAAGGCAGCUUACAUGUAAGGCCAACACCUCUUGCUGUAAAAUAUCUUCCACCGAUAAAAACCGAUGAGUGGACCACAGACAAGAUCGAAGAUUACGUCGAAAUGAUCCAGGCGUUGUAUGUCAAGCAUCUUCCAGAGCCCCAGAGACCGUCGGCGUCGGGACAGGUGGGCCAUACGAAGAGUUUGAAAUCAUAGUUUCAGGUAUGAUCAGAUGUAUUAUUUCUCAUUUGGUGAUGAAUAAUGGUAGAAUUCUGUCCUAUUCAUAAGCAGAAAAUUCUGUUGGGAAUAACACAAUCAGUUGUUCCCAUGGAGUCAUUGGAUAUGGACCGUUUGAUCAUUUGUAUUCAAGUGGACCCGAGUACACCUCAACGGUUAUAGAUCAGUGUUUCAAACGAAGGGACGAAAUUGUAGAUAGGAGAAUGGUUGCAUAGUGUCGA